CCUUUCUCUCGCCUUCCUUCUUUCUCUGCGGCGUGGAGGCGUAUUUUAGCAUUCUCUCUCUCUCCCUCGUGCCUGGCUGGUUCGUCUCGCGCCGCUUAAUUUUGUUUGCCAACAUAAAUUCGAAACGCGAGCUGCGGGUUCCGUUCCUCGGGAGGUGGACGAGGCCGCCGCCGCCGCCGCUGGUUAGGGUUUCCUCCGACCACGCGACAGGCGGAGCCGCCCGCGCGCGCUCCCUCCCACGGCCGGUGUCAGGACCCCUUUGAUGUCAGGAAGGUGCAAUCUCCGGUGAUCUCCCACUUCAAUUCCGGCAGCCACAUCCCCAUGCCGACCAUCACGCACUACGUUCUGGACCCCUUCCUGGAGACUGGGUCCAUUACAAAUACCCACAAGGUUGUUCCGAAGCCGCCGCUGCUCCCGGGGGAGUCUCCUGAGAAGCCGAUACCUGUGCCAGUUGCUCCUGCUAGGACAUCGCCGGCGCUCUACACCACGCCUGAGAGCACACCACUCCCAGACUCACCAUCAUCGUUCCCUGGAACCUGGUCGCCGUACCUCAUCAACCAUAAACGUCGUGGACCUGGCCUGAUCAAGACACUUUCCCAGGGUGAUGUUGGAGGUGAGGGUAGCCAGCCAAAGAUACCUGUGACGUUACCUGCUUUGCCAAAAAGGAGUGAAACCUUCACAGCGCAAGAGUUCAAUGGUGUGGUUGGAGGUCACGGUGUGGAUGAGACCUUGGAUGGGCAGACUGGAAUGGUACUGAAGGGCAAAGCCACCCUUUCUGCCCAAGAUGAGCAGAAUCAGCCCGAGUUUGAGUUUCAGCAUGGAAGUCCAGACGCUUUGGUGAGGCCUGUCAAUGUUGGAAGGCUUGUCAAUGGUGGAACUCCAAGAAAUGCUGAGAAUGAUGCCUUCUUUGAGCCUCAGGAUUCACAAAGUGUUGCUAGUAACUCCGAAGCUGAGGAUGCUGGCGGGCAGGAGCGGUGGUGGAAACCCAGUUCCCCUUUUGGGGCAUCUGUUGGCACACCUGGUGCAGAGUUUUAUGAUGCAUUUGAAGAAAUAUCCAGUGAUGGUGCAACUCGAUCUUCUCGGUGUAUAGAUGAUGACUUUCGUGAAAUGAGGUUAAGUCUGUUGACAGAAAUUGAGGGGAGGAAACAAGCUGAGGAAGCAGUUGAUAACUGGCAGAAGGAAUGGAAGAAGCUGAAUCAUCACCUAUCACUUAUAGCCUUGACACUUCCAUCUCCAUGUGUAGAUGAGACCACUGAUGAUUCAAGUAUGGAUCCUGGAGCUGAGUUGUGCCAGCAAAUAGCUGUUUCACAACUUGUAGCUGCUGCUAUUGCUCGGGGAUUAGCUCGUGCAGAAGUUGAAUCAGAGAUGGAAAGUGUGAUUUCAGCAAAGAACUUUGAGAUUGCAAGGCUAUCAGAUAGGGUACAGUACUAUGAAGCUGCAAACAGGGAGAUGUCUCAAAGAAACCAAGAAGCUAUCGAGAUGUCCAGGCAACAGCGGAACAAGCGUAAGCUGAGACAGAAGUGGUUCUGGGGUUCAGUUGGGCUAGCAGUUACCCUUGGCACAGCAGCCAUUGCGUGGUCCUACCUACCCACGACUCAGGCUAGCCCAGAGUCGGAUAGCACCAAUACCAACAGCGAUUAGAGCUAGCUGAAGAUGUAUCCUCUCCUUUCAGAGGUCCUAACAAAAGCUCUAACUAUACUUCCUAGAGAGCAAAGAAGGUUGUAUAACUUUUCUCUUUUUGGUGAUCGGCUGUGAUCACUACAAUCCUCGUUUGCCGCUUCCUCUGUAAAAUGUGGAAUGGGUCAUCUCCGUGCAGGACAGGCUCUAUUCUCCUUUACCGUAAGUCCCUCGUUGCAUAGUUGGUUGAGCAAAAUAAUACGAGGAAUGUGGAUAUGAGUAGCAAUCGUCCUUGGUGAACUCUUGAUCUUGGCAAUUGCAGUUUUGAUCUGGGUAUUGACUGUUCUCUCGAACUACUUUUUCCCCA